UUGUGACUGUCGAAAAAGAUUCGUAUCUGUGGAACUUGCAGUUUCCUUCUGCCACGAUAUGUUUCAAGGAGUUUUGGCCCGACAAAUUGCAAUUAUCUCUCGCCGAAUUAACGAGUAUUCUGAAUAUAUCGAUCGCUUUCGAAGACACCAAAAAAGAAGAUUUUCUGCAAUAUCUGAGAGAACUUGCUUUCACCGACUACCGGAUGUACAAGAACUACGAAAAAUAUGCCAACGGCAGUCGAAAAGAGUUGCUAACGCCGGAUAGGUAUAUGGACGUGCUCGAUCAAAUGGUCAUGACCUACGGCAUCGAAAAACCGGGAAAAAAGAAGAGGAUUUCUGCCAUCAAGUAUCCGCUAAACACGGUAGCUCCAUUCCAGAGGAUUUUUACCGAACUAGGACCCUGUACCGCCUUUAAUCCUGGGGUCGGAAUUUAUUAUACGCCUCUAUUUCUCAAUAGUUCGAAGCAAUACGACGGUUUCGUUUCUAUAUGGUACGACAGACAUGACUACGCCAGUUGGAUAAUUAAAGAGAAGACUACCGAAGAGUUUACGGUAUUUUUUCAUUCCCCUGCCGAAGUAAUGGAAAUAAUGGAUUGGGUCGUGAAAGUUCCCAGUCGUACGAUAAAAUCCACCAGGUACGAGGUGAUAACGGUUCUUAUAUCGCCUUCUGCUGAAAACCUCACCGUACUCCAAAAGGAUUGUCGCAUGUGGUACGAUCAAACGGACCACUCUCUAGACCACAGUCCGGUCUACAGCCACAACUUAUGCAAAUUCGAAUGCAGAAUUCGUUUGGCGUUACGAUUCUGUCAAUGUACUCCGUACUAUUACAGGCGAUUAGAUGGGGAACGGAUCUGCAACAUGUCUGGGAUGUAUUGCUUGUCGAAACACGCGGGUACGUAAGCGAUUAGGAGCUUAUUUUCCCUUACUAAAAAAUUCCAGAUACGAUAAUAACUUUGGAGUCGGGCGCAACUAAAUCCGAUCUGUGUUCCUGUUCGCAAAAUUGCAACUUCAGCGUGUUUUUAGA